GUUACACUUAUAGUUUAAACGUAUAAUAUAAAAAAGACUAUUUCACAAAGGUUCCUCAAAUCUCUGGAAUGUUGGAUUGAGGUUCCGCUCCAUCGAGAAACAUUGAACACCACUGGCAUAAAGAAUUAUUUCUCUGAUUUAGUUAUGCAUACUCAGUCAGGGUUCAAACUGGAAUUCCGUAGCUAAAAGAUUCCAAUCUAAUUUUAGUAAUUUAGAAUGCUGAAGCAUGAAAAUGUUCUCCACAUGGAAAUGUUUACUUUUUGGAUUGCUAGUCGUCCAUGUCGCUUUUUUCCUUAAAAUAAAACAUUACCUACACCGGAAAUCCGAACAUAAACAAGCUCUCAGUGAAAUUGAACUUCGACAAAAUUAUAGGAAAUCCAAUCUGCACAAUGGGUGUCUUCGAUUAGGCUUGAACAAGCCUAUGGUGACGCAAACUGAUGAUAUACGCCAAAUGCUGCAGCAAGUCAAGUUAUUAUAUUCCGAUAAAUACAAGUUUUUGGUGUGUGAGAUUCCUAAAUGUGGAUGUUCAAGCAUAAAGAAAUUACUUCUAAUCACGGAAGGUAUAGUUAAUGAGACAAAUCCACAGGCAGUGAAAUCAUGGCUUGCUCAUGAACUUGGCGACAAACAUCUGGACUUGAAAAACAUCAAAAAUGUCACUGAGAUUCAGAAGCGACUCGAUACGUAUCAGAAACUCAUCAUUGUAAGAGAUCCACUGUACAGAUUAUUAUCAGCAUAUAUAAAUAAAUUAGAGCAUGAGUAUCCUUGGAAUCGGGGAUUUGCUAAAAUAUCAAAAUAUAUUCACCAACAAUUUGUAAAAAACGAAACAGGAAAGUUGGCUUCUUUUGGAGAGUUUCUUUCCUACCUAACAGAAGAAAACGAGUAUGAUAGACACUGGGAACUUUAUCACAAAUUGUGUUUACCUUGCUCAAUAUCAUACGAUUACAUUGCUCACAUUGAAACCAUUGAUGACGACAUGGUUGAUUUCAUGGAUAAACUUGCAAUUACAAAUAUAACGUUCCCCCGAAAUUACGAAAAGUCAAAACAGACCAACACAGACACAUUUGAACGAUACAUUGGUGAAGUACCAGAAAACCUAGUAAAAGGUAUACGCAAAAAGUAUAAGACUGACUUCGAUCUCUUUGGCUUCAAAUAGGAAGGAUAUAAAAUUUCAGAUGUAAACAAUGAAUAAUUUGUGCCAAAUGUAUACGUUAAAUUCAAUUAACACCUAGCUACUAUUUCUCAUUAUUUGCCAAUAUCUCAAUUAUAUACUUUACUGAUUGGGCAUGUUACAGAUAAUAGACGUGGUUACUGGCGGUGUCUCAAAACUUAAUACGAA